ACUCUGCAUCAAGUUCACCCGCUAGAGAACCCACACGUACACAGUACACAUGCCGAAGGUUUUGGGGGCGGCCAUAAGAGAAACCAUCAUGGCCGAGGAGGAGGAUCUAGGGGCGGCGGACAUGCCGCGGGUGGUGGGCGCCCUCUCUGUGCUUCUUGAGCGCGUCACGGAGCGCAACGACGCGGUGGCGGGGCCGGGGAUUGACGCGUCGGCGUUCCGGGCGACGGCGAAGCCCGACAUAUCGGUGCGCGCGUACAUGGCACGCAUCGCGCGGUUCGCAGGCUGCAGCCCCGCGUGCUUCGUGGCGGCGUACAUCUACCUCGACCGCCUCCUUCGCCGCCGCCGUGCGCUCACCGUGGACUCAUAUAGCGUGCACCGCCUGCUCAUCACCGCCGUGCUCGCCGCCGUCAAGUUCAUGGAUGACAUAUGCUAUAACAACGCCUACUUCGCCAAGGUGGGCGGGAUCAGCCUUCCGGAGAUGAACUACCUGGAGGUGGACUUCCUCUUCGGCGUCGGCUUCGACCUGAAGGUGUCACCGGAGACGUUCGGCCACUACUGUGGCAUCCUCCAGUCUGAGAUGUUGUGCCUAGAGAUGAAGCCGGAGCCACCCCUUCCACUCCCUGCCGCUCCAGGCAGCAACAGGCUGCAUCGCUGCCUCUCUGAAGACGACGGCAGCAGUAGCAGUCAGCAGCAGAUGGCUGCGUAGGUGGUAGAGAGAUUGCUUGCAAGCAUAGAUAUAGAUAGUGUGGGUGCAGUACAUAUAGAGAGGAAUGCGUUGCUUAGCGGGCAGAGUGCCUUGGUCACUUGGUGUGAUGUACUGCUGUUUGGUGCCUCUGGUUGUAAGUACUCAGUACUCAAGUCACCUAGCUUGUUUAGUUUCCAUUUAGUAGAACAACCUGCUUAGUGCAGACCGACCGUGUGAAAUGCAAUGCAACGUGUGUGUUGGCUCU